GCCGACGAGAAUGUCAAGGGCGUGGUGGCCCUCUUCUCUGGCGUGAUUGCGGUGGCUCGCUCGCCCGCAUCAGCGCUCGCCGUGAUCCGCGAGACGCGUGCUGGCGGCCCCUUCACGCAGACCGUGCUCGGUGUGACCAUGGUCUCGGACGUGUUGGUGAUCCUGCUCUUCUCGGCCACGACCGAGCUCGCACACACGCUGACCGACCCCUCCCACCCCGUCACCCUCUCGGGAGGCCACCCCGCCGCCGCCGCCGCCCACUUGUGCUCCAUCUUUGUGCCGCGGGUGGCGGCGGAGCUGGCGGCGUCGGCUCUGCUGGGGUUGCUCCUCGCGGCGCUCUGCUUGCUCGCGCUGCGGGUGCCGGAGGUGCCUCCUCUGCCGCAGCUGGGCUUGCUCGGCGUGGGCGCCGCCGCCUUCUCUGCGCAGGGCCUGCUGGACCAGCUGCUCGUUCCGCUCGGCGUGACUGCGCCCAGCCUCGAGCCGAUGCUCGCGUGCGUCAUCACGGGCUUCGUCGUCUGCAACGGCGGCGAGGUCUUCACGGGCAGGGACGAGCGGCGGCAGCUCGAGGCGCUCGUCAACUCGUCGAUGCACCCGACGCUCCUCUUCUUCUUCACCACCACCGGGCUGGGCAUGCGCCUCUCGGUGCUGCAGCACACCUGGCCGGCGGCGGUCGGCCUCUUUGUCGUCCGGCUCGCCGCCCUCUACUUCGGCCACGCGGUGGGCGCCCGCUGGGGCGCGAUGCCGCACCGGCUUCGCUCGUUCGGCUGGAUGGCGUACGCGACGCUGAUGUCGGUCAUCGUGCUCAACCAGCUCGUCGGGGCGGCCAGCGAGGGGCCUAGGCACGAGCCGGGCGCGCGGCGGCACGACUCGCGCAAGACACUCACGCGCGCCGGCAGCGAGAGCGAGAGCGAAAACGGCGACGGCAGUGUCGUCGGUUUUGGAGGGCUCGUUCCGGACGGGCCGUCGUCGCCGACGGCGGGGAUGGCGCUGGCGGAGCUCGUGUCCGACAAGGAGCGCGGCUUCUUGUGA